AUGAGCGGUCCCGGUGUCGGUUUCGAGUAUCCUCGCCAGGAGGUUUCCUGGGUGAAGCGUGAUGUCUUGCUCUUCGCGAACACCGAGCUUCACCCGAGCUUCGCCGUCUUCCCGACCUAUCCCAUCAUCCUCUCUUUCAAGGGCAACGCCCAGGACGUGAUUGACUUCUACGCCGCCCAGAAGUCCGUUCAGAUCCCUAAUGUUCCCUCUUUCGACCCCCGGCGCGUUGUCGACGGCCAGCGCAAACUUGUGCUUCACAAGUCCCUCCCCACAAGCUCGGAGGGCAAGAAGUUCGAAGUCCGAACCAAGGUCCUCGGCGUUUACGACAAGGGCCGCCCCGGAUCCGUCGUAGAGACCCAGACCGACCUCGUCGACGCUGAAUCCAACGAGGUCUACGCCAGCGUCAUUACUAGCAGUUUUUACGUCGCCCAGGGCAACUGGGGCGGCCCCAAGGGCCCCGCGACCGAGAACUUCCCCCCGCCCAAGGACAAGAAGCCCGACGUCACUUUCGAGCACCAAACGAACAAGCAGUCGGCCCUGCUGUACCGACUGAACGGCGACUACAACCCCCUCCACGCAACUCCCGAGCCCGGAAAGAAGAUGGGCUUCCCCGGUGCCAUCAUGCACGGCCUGUACUCGUGGAACUCUACGGCCCACGGCCUGCUUGAGGCAUUCGGCGGCAGCAACCCCGCCAACAUCAAGGAGUACCAGGCGAGGUUCGCCGCUCCCGUCAUGCCCGGCGACAAGCUUGUGACGGAUGCCUGGCGGACUGGGGAGGUCAAGGACGGCUUUGAGGAGAUCCGCUUCCAGACCAAGGUUGAGGGAGGCAAGAUUGUUCUGAGCAACGGACGCGCCUUGAUCAAGGUUGUGGAGCCUCUCAAGUCGAAGCUGUAA